AUGUCGCCAGAUAUAGCCGAACAAGAAUAUAUAGAGCUAUCGAACAUCAAUGUUGAUGGCACAACAACAUCUGAUAAUGCAUUCAAUAUAGGGAAUAAUUGGAACCUCACCACAGACCAAAUUCAAUUUAUCCUCUUAAGACUCGGUAUUAUAACUGAUGAUACUUAUAAACCGGGAUCAUCGCUUGACAUAAAUCUAAGUCAAACAUCAAGGUUUAUGAUCAACAAAAUAGACAAUUUGAGCGUAAUUGAAGCAAUCACUAUAUUAAGAGAGGCCUUAGCUGAACAUAAAGACGAUUUCAAUUUUUUGCAUGAAGAUUAUCAACUUCUUCAAAGAUUAGUCCGUUUAAUUCCAGGAGAUUUUGAAAUAUCGGGCAAGCAAGAGAUAGAAAAAACAAAUCCAGAAGAAAUAGAGGAAAAACCAACACAUUUUAAGAAUAAGACGUAUUUAAAUAUAAUAGAUUGGAAUUUGCAAGUACGACUUGAAGCAGCAUUGAUUGCGUUCCAUUCACCUUAUCCUGAAAUAAGAGCUAUAACAGAUCCGGUUGAUGAACAAGAAAUGCCUGCUGAGACAAUCAGGGCCUAUGUAAUCGGAUUUUUCUGGACAUUAAUAGGCUCAAUAAUAAAUAACUUUUUUGUUCAUAGGUUACCAUCUAUAUCACUAGGGCUGCAUACCAUACAACUAUUACUUUUACCAAGUGGUAGACUAUGGGAGAAAAUGAUGCCAUAUGAUAAAAUGAUCACUAUUUUUGGUUAUCUGUUCAACUUGAAUCCAGGACCCUGGUCAUAUAAAGAAAUGAUGCUAAGCACGAUUAUCUAUCUGUGCUCCGCGGGGACGCCAUAUCUGGUUUACAAUAUAUUUGUUAUGAAGUUAGAUAAAUUUUAUGGGUUGAAAUGGGUUUCAUGGGUAUAUCAGCUUUUGUUAGCUCUCUCUACGCAAUGUUUAGGAUUUGGGUUUGCUGGUAUCAUGAGAAAAGUAUGUAUUUAUCCAGUGAAAUCCAUAUGGCCAACUAUAUUACCUACAAUUGCUCUAAAUAGGGCAUUGAUGCACCAAGAUGACGGAAAUAAUCCAUCAAUUCAUGGUUGGAAGAUAUCUAGAUAUUCCUUUUUCUACGUGAUGUUUGGUUUGAGUUUUAUUUACAACUGGAUUCCGUCUUAUUUUUUUACUGCAUUAUCCUCUUUUAAUUGGCCAACAUGGAUAAAUCCAUAUCUGGUCCAUUUGAAUAAUGUUACUGGGUUCAAAUCUGGAUUGGGCCUUAAUCCUUUGCCUACCUUAGACUGGAAUAUUCUUGAUGCAGCUGGCUGUCUCACAUUUCCAUUUUACACGUAUGCGAACCAAUAUCUCGGAUCAGUCUUAGGAUUCUUUGUUAUCUUGAUUGUUUACUAUACAAACAAUAAGUGGACUGGAUACUUACCAAUAAACUCCAAUGCUCUAUUUAACAAUGAAGGUAAAAUUUAUAAUGUUCACAGCAUUUUAAAUGAUAAGAAUAUGUUUGAUGAAAAAAAAUAUAAAGAAUAUGGACCACCAUAUUUUAGUGCUGCUAAUUUGGUUUUGUAUGGUGCUUAUUUUUGCUUAUACCCUUUUGCAAUAUUUUUUCACGUUGUAACUGAAUGGGAAUCAAUGAAAGCAAGCUUCGUAAAUGUUUGGCAUUCUAUCGUUGAUUCCCUGUCCAGUAAAGGAAAUAUUUUUGGUAGGUAUAGCAAGGAUCCACAUUGUGUGAUGAUGUCUAAGUAUAGAGAAGUCCCUGAUUGGUGGUUUUUAGUAAUAUUGGUGGUGAGCACCGUAUUUGCAAUAUUGUGUGUGUCGUUAUAUCCUACCGAAACGCCAAUUUGGGGUAUCUUCUUCACCAUUUUUAUCAACUUUAUAUUCUUGAUUCCAAUGACUGCAAUUGCUUCUGUCACAGGGUUUUCUUUCGGCCUAAACGUGUUAGUGGAAUUAAUUGUCGGUUACACAAUCCCAAACUCUGGAAUAGCGUUGAUUACAUUGAAAAGUUAUGGUUAUAAUAUAGACAGCCAAGCUAGUAACUAUAUUACCGACCAGAAAUUGGCACACUAUUCUAAGUUACCCCCCAGAGCAAUAUUCAAGGGACAGCUUAUAUCUACGAUAAUAAGUGUAUCAACUGCUUUGAUCAUCGCUAACUGGCAGUUGGACAAUAUUCAAGACAUUUGUGAUUCUCAUCAAAAGGAAAGAUUCAGUUGCCCUGGUGCCAACACUUUCUUUUUUUCAAGCGUUCAAUAUGGUGAGAUUGGCCCCGCAAAAGUAUUCAGCGGGCUAUAUCCGGUUUUGAAAUGGUGUUUCUUAUUAGGAGUGUUGUUGGUCAUUCCAUGCUACUGGUUUAAGAAGAAUGGUCCAUCAAGAUUGACGAGAUAUUUUCAUCCCACGAUCAUCAUUGGUGGAUUUUUGAUGUAUGCACCUUACAACCUCCUGUACUACACGGGUGGAUUUUAUCUUUCGUUCAUCUUCAUGUACUAUAUCAAAAAGAAUUACAUAUUAUGGUGGGAAAAAUACAAUUACAUUCUAACCAGUGCAUUGUCUGCUGGAGUAGCGUUCAGUGCCUUAAUCAUCUUCUUCACGGUUCAAAAUGAUUAUACAGCCUUAGAUUGGUGGGGUAAUAAUGUUAAUGAUCAGGGUAUUGAAGGUGGACUUGCACCCAAAUACACAUGGUUAGACGUGAAACAAGCAGAGGACGGCUAUAUAGGUCUACGCAAAGGUCAUUUUCCGUAG